UUUUCACAGUUGAUCUGGUGAGCGCGCGUUUGGCGUUCAGUAUCGCAAAAUUGUCCUGCGGUCAGCGAUUUAAACGAUUGUGGGUGGGGCGAAGGUACAAUAAGUACCUACCUAGCAGCGCUCGAUCAGUGCCGCGUCGGGAAAUCGACGAGUUUUGUCUCGAGUGGGGUUCCAGCUUGUGCCUAGUGCAGUGACUACAACGAAGCGGACAACACGAACCUGGAUUUUGUUUUCCGUAGCAAGUGAAUUAGGAUUGUCCUGAGAAAAAGUGAAACUCAGUUGCCGGCCUAUCUUGGAACGCUCUGUCGAGUGAUGCGUAGUGAUUUGAGAAGGUUUAAUCAAUUGAAGCCUAUUCCGCAGCAAAUUUGGACGUACAAUUCCUAGUUCGAGCUCGAUCGCAGUUGGGAUGAUACACACUUUCUAAAAAUUGCUCUACGGGUGCUUUCGGAGUCAAAUUCAUCGAUCUUCAACAAACGCCGAUCACAAUGAAGCUGGAUCGUUUCUCGAUAACCCGCAUCAGCAAUCGCAUUCUGGGAAAAACGGCCAACAACAACAGUGCGAACACCACUACCAACAGCAAAAAGGGUAGCGAACCAACGGCUACUUUCACCAUACACGAGAACGGUGGAAAUUGUCCGGAGUAUGAUUCGACAACGAUAGACUUCGGCGGCCAUACCGUUUCCUCGGGCACGUCCGAUGGCAGCGAACGGCGCAGUAGCGUGUAUCAUUUGACGAGAGAGCCGUUGCCGCGUCUGGAGUACUACCGUACGUCGAAACGUGGUCUGAAACGACCGUCCAUCGGGGAACUGCAUGGAGACAAAGACAGGAAACCGGAAGCCAGCCAAGUUGAUGAUAAACCAGAAGCACACGGCCAUGGCAUAAAGCUGGGAUGGAUCGAAGGUGUGCUGAUUCCCUGUUUGCUCAACAUCUGGGGUGUGAUGUUGUUCUUGCGUCUCAGCUGGGUUGUCUCGCAGGCCGGGAUCAUCCAAACCCUCAUCAUCAUCGGCAUCUCCUAUCUAGUUUGUGUGAUUACCGCUUUGUCGCUGUCUGCGAUUUGCACCAACGGCCAAGUGAAAGGCGGUGGAAUAUACUACCUGAUAUCGCGGUCCCUCGGACCGGAAUUCGGUGCCUCCGUCGGAAUUGUAUUCGCCUUUGCGAACUCGGUUCAAGCGUCACUCAACACGAUCGGUUUCUGCAGCUCCUUGAACGAUCUGCUAAAAUCGUUCGGGACAAAGAUCGUUGACGGUGGAGUUAAUGAUGUGCGGAUAGUUGGUACCAUAGCGAUUAUCGUCAUGGUGAUUGUUUGCGCCGUCGGCAUGGAAUGGGAAGCAAAGGCCCAAAACUUUCUGAUAGUGACCAUCUUAAUUGCCAUCUUAAACUUCCUAAUCGGUGUGAUAGUUGGACCGACUAAUGAUGACCAAAUUGCUCAUGGUUUUACAGGAUUCUCCACCGAAGUAUUUCGUGAAAAUCUGCAACCGGAUUACCGGUUCAGUGAAAACACGCAACAGACAUUUUUCUCCGUUUUCGCAAUAUUCUUCCCCAGUGUCACCGGUGUACAAGCUGGAGCGAAUAUCUGUGGGGAUCUAAAAGAUCCUGCCACAGCAAUUCCUAAGGGAACGCUUUUGGCAUUGGUGAUUUCUGCCGUUUCGUAUGUAACCUUCGUUUUGUUUGCUGGAGGUGCAGCCAUGCGUGAUGCAUCGGGAAACAUUACGGAUCUAGUCAACGGAACCUUUGUAUCCUGCACCAACGGAAGUCAGUGUGCUUACGGUAUACAUAACGACUACACAUCGAUGCAACUGAUGUCCCUGUCCAGUGCCAUCAUCUACGCUGGUUGCUUUGCAGCAACGCUGAGUACAGCGCUAACGAACCUUCUAUCCGUGCCAAAAAUUAUCCAAGCUCUAGGCAUAGACCGUAUCUACCCAGGAUUGAUCUUUUUCUCCAAAGGUUACGGGAAAAAUGCAGAGCCUUACCGUGGCUACGUGCUCGUCUUUAUAGUAUCCGUACUGUUUGUCCUCAUCGCGGAUAUCAAUGCCAUCGCUCCGCUUAUAUCAAACUUCUACCUGGCAUCGUACGCCCUCAUCAACUUCUGUACAUUCCAUGCAGCAACCGUGAAAGCUCUAGGAUGGCGGCCAACCUUCAGAUUCUACCACCCUUGGAUAAGUCUCAUUGGCUCCAUACUCUGCAUAGUUAUCAUGUUCCAGCUAGAUUACACCUUCACUAUUGUCACGGUGGUCAUCAUCUUCGUCCUAUAUCUGGUAGUCGUUUACCGAAAUCCGGAUGUAAACUGGGGCUCCAGCACCCAGCAGCAAACGUACAAAAGUGCACUCUCCUCUACCCAGAAGCUGCAGAACAUUGGAGAUCACGUCAAAAAUUACCACCCUUCAGUUCUUGUUCUAGCAGGAAACCCCAUGAACCGACCACCUCUUAUAGAUUUGGCUAACUUAAUUACCAAAAAUCACUCGCUUAUGAUAGUAGGAGACAUUAUCAACGAACGGCUGUCCCACCGGAGGCGUCAAGCGUUGCAUUCGGAAUGCAGACAAUUCCUGGAAAUUCGCAAGAUUCGUGGUUUUUACCAACCGAUCGAUAGCCUAUCGUUCGAGGAAGGAGUUCACGCGCUCAUCCAAACGUCCGGAGUUGGGAAGCUCUCACCAAACAUAGUCCUAAUGGGAUACAAGGCCGACUGGAUGACCUGUCCCGUUAAAGACCUUCUAACCUAUUACAAUGUGUUGCACGAUUCCUUUGACUGUCGAAUGUCAUUGGCGAUUUUGCGACUGCCCAAUGGGUUGGACUUUUCCCAUUUAACGACGGAAAUCGUCACCAGAUCGGUUCCGGAGCCAUCCCCUAAAGAGAUCAACAAUGCGAUCUCCAUGAUCUCCUCUGAUGGAAUACAAACGCCACGAAAGCUGAUGCAUGUCGAUUCUAACCUCAACUUGGAUACGAUUGUGGGAGGUAGCCAACCAACGUUCCCCACUUCUCAGGCCGUCACACCGCACUCUGACCUAGCGGAUGAUAUCAUCUACUCGACGCGCGGCGGAUCGUGUGUUCCGAAGGAAAUUCUGGAACGAAUCGGCGUAUUCCAUCGCAAGCAGCCCAAGGGUACGAUUGACGUUUGGUGGCUGUACGACGACGGAGGCCUUACCAUGCUCAUUCCGUACAUCAUCUCGAUGCGGUCCAAGUGGGCCCGUUGCAAGAUCCGCGUUUUCGCGCUCACCAAUCGUCAAUUGGAACUAGAGGUCGAAGAAAGGAAUAUGGCCAACCUCCUCAUGAAACUCCGAAUCGAUUACUCCUCGUUGACGAUGCUUCAGGGUGUGACGGAUCCUCCCAAGCAGGAAACCAUUGAUAUGCACAGCAAACUACUGCAGCACUUUACCGACAACGAUGGCACCCAGAUUCCGAUCACCGAACACGAGCGGAUGGCACUGCAGGACAAAACCAGACGACAACUGCGAUUACGUGAAAUGUUGCUGGAACACUCAAACGAGGCUAAUUUGAUUGUGAUGUCGAUGCCUAUGCCAAGAUUGGGUACCGUAUCUGCCCCGCUGUACAUGUCCUGGUUGGAAAUGCUAACGAAGGACAUGCCUCCAUUCUUGCUGGUUCGAGGAAACCAAACAUCGGUUCUAACAUUCUACUCGUAGAGUUCGCACUAACGAGCAGAUCGCCAAUCAGUAUUAUGUAAUAGUGUUGUUAAGUUUCACUACUAAGUUAUUAAUUCGCAAAGAUUUCAAUAAGAUAAGACAGAGUCAUGAUCCAUAUGUACAAUAACUUUCAUUUAAUUUAUUCCGAAGCCCUGCCAGUUGUUC